AGUUUAUCCCAUGGAUCGAAGCGAGCAGUGUUUUCGGUACUCCGAGCUUAGGAUUAGAGACUCUUUCUGAGCGCGUUUGUUUUCGUUUUUUUUUUCAUCCACCUUCACUCUCAAAAUAGGAUAGGGAUUCGAUAGGAACUCUCUUCCUGCCAAUGGUCAGGAUGUCAUCUGUGUCCCGCAGCCACCGCCAGCAUUGUUAUCUGUGCGACCUGCCGCGAAUGCCGUGGGCGAUGCUGCAUGACUUCUCGGAACCCGUUUGCCGGGGCUGCGUCAACUACGAGGGCGCCGACCGCAUCGAGGCCGUCUUGGAUAACGCGCGGCAGAUGAAGAGGGCGCACAGCUUCCCCGAGGGCGCGAACCCCAGGCAGGCCCCCACUUUCAAGGGCUCCGGGGGCGCCCCGCCGCCCCGGUCGGCGUCGCAGCACGACGCCCUAAACGGCGUCUCUCCCGAGGGCAUACUCACGCCGCCGCACAGUGUUCCGGGAACGCCGCACGCCGGCGUCUCGCGGUCCCCGGUUCCCGCCACGGCGGUUGAGCGCUAUGGAGCUCAACAGCGCGCCGCCGCCCUCCUGGAAUUCAACGGACAGAGGCUGCACCACCGGGACGCCGCGGAGGUGAUCGCCGCGGCGCACGACGCCGCCAACGCGCUCAACCGGGGCAGCCCUAGCGGGCUCGCGCCCCGCGGGGCCCCGCCGCCCCUGCCACCGCCCCACCUGCCCCUGCGCCAGAAUUCGGCCGCCAAGAGGGCGAACUCGGAGCGCGGCGACGACGACGACGGGGCCCAUCCCGAGCCCAAGCGUCACAUCGUGGUCGAAGAUCAGGCCCCGGGGCACGCGGGGCGACCGCCCCUCACCCGAGGCGAGUCCCUGCCGGCGGCUGUCAUGGGAGUACCUUUCGAUGCCCGGUAUAAGAAGGAAGCCAUGGUCGGCCGAGUUUUCUCCUUUGACCAGGCCAACAGCAUGAAAGGUUUCAGUACAGUAAGUUCCGUGCCAACGUCUGUCACCAGCACAGUCUCGCCGCUGGGUAGUCGCACAGUCAGCUCACCCGAAGGUACUGUCGUAGCAGUCCAGUCUCCGAUGGCAGCACUCAUGUCUGUGGCAGACAACCUACCCCCGGGGUCGCCCAGGAACAGCAUCGCCGAAAACGCAGUCAACGGCACAAGCAGGCCAGGAUCAGCUGCCCGGCACUCACCGAAUGGAAUAACAGCUGGCAAGAAAAAUUCAUCCUCCUCCCGCCCCACUUCUGGUAUCGCAGUUGAGGCAGACAGCAAUAAUCAAAUCACCACUACGAGCGGCUCAUCUGCCACCACGACGACCACCACGAAUGGUGAUGGAGUAACAGCCCCUGCCCCACCCCUGAAGUGCACGCUCUGCAACGAGAGGCUGGAAGACACUCACUUCGUCCAGUGUCCAUCUGUUCCGAACCACAAAUUUUGCUUCCCUUGCUCCAGGGAAAGCAUCAAGAGUCAAGGGGCGGCUAAUGGCAACGAGGUCUACUGCCCCAGUGGCGAGAAAUGUCCCCUGGCGGGUUCUAGCGUGCCGUGGGCUUUUAUGCAAGGAGAAAUAGCAACGAUCCUCGGCGAAGAGCAGUUAAAGAUCAAAAAAGAAAGAGAAUCCUAAAAGCUGAAAACAGAAGUCAAUAUGGAAGAAAAGUCUUAUUAUAUCCUCCUGACACAUGGUAUGCCAUGUUGUUAAUAGUGGCUCAUUUACAGGAGCGAUUUUGCUGCUGGUAGUCCUCGGUUGGAAAAACCUACACCCUGUCUUGGCUGUUGUAGGCAACGUGGGAUUUGGCUUGUUGAGGUAGCUUUUCCUCAUCGGCUCCAGCAUUUGAAUCAAGUUGGUCAGGCACGGCAGUGUUUGGAAGCUAUCUUCUUUCCUUCAUUUCCUGCCGCGGACAUGUCUUCAGUGAUGCGUGUUUUAAAAAUGUAGUCUACAGUAAAGGACUGCUUCUCAAUGUAUAUUCCACUGUACAAAAAAAUAUGGUCUCUCCUACUGUUGAUCUUCAUUACAGACUUUAAAUCUUUUGGUGUCGUGUGAUUUGCUGGUUUAGUCCUGUACUUACUGCAGACGUUUCAGUGUUACAUUGCCAUUGUAGGAACUGAUUUAAUAAUUUUGAACUAGAGUAGAAAUUAAUUUUUUCCAUUUGCUUGCUUAAUACAUGAAACUUGUUGACCAAUCUAGACGUGGUGCAAAUAUUUGUAGUCUUAAUUUUGUUGAAAUAUUAUGGCUUAAAUCUCGAUGUGUCAUAAUCAGUUGUGAGUUUUUUCCUUGUUUUUGUUAUUGUUUUAAUUGUUGCAACAUUUUACGAUUGUUUUUUGUUUUCAUCAUAUGAGGGUGUCUUGGUGAGGGCAUGAAAAAUGUUGAAUUCCUAUUAUUUGCUGUAAGAUUUCAAAUUUAUGUAUGUACAGUUGUAAAAUCAUCUAGAACUAUAGCUUGAAAUCCAUACCUGCAAACUUGGUGUGAACUAGAUUUAGUUAUUGACCUGAAAAUAUUGCAUUUUUCCAUUAACACCCUGGCUAAGCAUCCUCAGUAUUUCCAUAGUGUACAUAAUUUUUUGAUUUAAUUCCCAUGCAAGAGCUUUAUCCCUCUUUGGAGGCAAAUGUUUGUGUGUCAUAAGUGGAUCAUUCAUUCUGUCCUUAACUGUUAAAAGAAAAGUAAUUCAUGGAGAAGAUAUUUUCUACGGCAGAAUCCGAAAGCAGUAGAAGAGCUGGAUUAUCCUGGUAUUUAUAUCGUGAUUCAAUUCUUUGCUGGCAUCAUUGUAGCCGUUUUUCAGUGGCUUGAAAAUUGUGUUGCUAGUCACUGCUUUAUGUGUGAGCAUAUACAAUUUCUAUAAAAUUUUCAUACCGCUCAUGUUCAUUACUUGUGUCAUCAGCUUUUGCCUGCUUUUGAAGUGUAAAUAAAAACAAUGUAA